UUGCAAAACAAAAGACUCAGAGGAUUCAGAAGAGGAUUCAGUUUGGUGUUCAAAAGACUCAUGCAGAAGUUUCACCAUGUCCAAAUGCUUGAAUCUUCUUCUUCUGCUGAUGUUUUGUUUCUUCUAUCAAAGCGAAAUCCUGCCAGCAGGAAACCCCUUUAUAUCUGUGUCGGGAAAAAAGAGAGGCAGCGUCACACUCAGAUGUGAACAUGAGGACAGUAAUAUUGUUCACAUUGAUUUAAUCACUCGGUCCGAAAUCAUAUCUGUGUGUGAGACUGAAGAAUGUAGUGGACGAGUGUUUAAAGAAGGAAACUGUGACGUCGUCAUCAAGAAUCUGAUCUUCAGUGACGCUGGGAAAUACACUUUGAGAAUCUAUUACAAUAAUGAUCAGACAGAGCUGAAGUACCAACUUCAUAUUCAUGAUGAGAUUUCUGUGAAAACAGGCGAGGAGCUAAAGAUGUCUGUUCUGGUGUCUGAUGCUGAUAAAGUGAAGACAAACUCUAGUGGAGAGUGGAAGGAGGUUUGGACGAGAGAUCACGGGGUUCAGAGCGACCGAAUGAAUGAUGAUAAUGAUGGAAACCUGACCAUUAAAUCAUUUCUGGACAGUGAUGCAGGAACAUACAGAGUUCUGGACACUGAAGGAGAAAUCUUGAUCACAGUCACAAUCACAGCGGGAGAAAACACAGAUCCCCACCGUUCUGCUCCAGAGCAUUGGAGCUGGGUAGAAAAUGUUCAUUUUGGUUUUGUGAUUAUUGUAUUUUUCACGUAUAUAGUGAUUAUAGCAGUUCAGUUUUUGCUUAUGUUUGCUGGAAUUAUCUGAUGUAAUUACACUUGCUGUUUUAUUAAGAAUAUAUUUGCUAUAAGUUGGAUUGCAACAUUGCUGUUCAUAGUAUUUAUCGUCUUUAAUUGAUUUUUCCAUACAUUUCUGUCAUCAUGACAUUUAACUGUAAUGACUUUAAAUAUUAUAGAAACAUGAAUUUUCUGUAAAGUUGCUUUGCAAUGAUUUAUAAAGUAAAAAGCGCUAUACAAACAAACUUGACUUCAUAAACGACUGAAAUGAGAUGAUUAUGUCAGAAGCUGAUUCUCUGGCGCUGCUAGAUGCUUUGCUGUUUGAUACCGCUGACAAACUAAGCUUGUAAACUAUUUGCUUUGGUUUAUUCUAGUAUUUUGUAUGAGAAGUAGUCAGUAAAAUGAUAUGCAAUUAAAACCAA